AAGGAAGAAAGGGUCAAAGUUCAACAUAGCCAUUGCAUGCCCUGCGUUCGACGACAAUGGCUAAACAUCAUCCAGAUUUGAUCUUUUGUAGAAAACAAGCCGGUGUCGCUAUUGGAAGAUUGUGCGAGAAAUGCGAUGGAAAGUGUGUGAUCUGUGAUUCGUAUGUGAGGCCGUGCACUCUGGUGCGCAUCUGUGACGAAUGCAACUACGGGUCGUACCAGGGGCGCUGUGUCAUCUGUGGAGGUCCCGGGGUGUCUGAUGCCUACUACUGCAAGGAGUGCACCAUCCAGGAGAAAGAUCGAGACGGAUGCCCCAAGAUUGUGAACCUGGGCAGCUCAAAAACGGACCUGUUUUAUGAACGGAAGAAGUAUGGCUUCAAGAAGAGGUGAAGACAGGACAGUCCAACAUGCUUUGCUUCAGUUUUGUUAUUACUUUUCUUUUUGUAAACAUGUUUUGACAAUACAAUAAAGCUUUCUUUUAUAUUA